GCGUCAUGUGGGAGUCGCCCCUGGUGAACCGCACCUACUUCUACUUAGCCUUCGCAUGCCUCGCUUUUAACAUGUCAAUGCUGGCGUAUCUUGCGCUUUGGUGCACAGUCGUGCUGAAGAUCGAGGAGCCAUGGGAAACAAAGCAUCCGAAGGCUAUUCCGGUGAUGGCCAUCGUUGGCUUUUCCAACGUUUGGCUAUUCUUCUUCGCCUUUUGGCCCGUUUGGGGCCUGCUGACUCUCAUCAUUCAGCUCAUCUUCUUCCUGGGCUUCGUGAGUGCAG